AUGUCAUGCUUUGAUCCAGAUUUGGAUCCAAACCGUCCAUCCAGGAAAUUUUCAUCCCCAAAACAGUUGGAGGACUCCAAUGAGGAGGAAAACGUUCUCAAUGAAAAAAAACGUUUGCGACAAGAACGAUUAAUGACUGUUAUGGAAGACAAUAAUGACGAGGAUGCAUUGGAGAAAAAAGGUCGUGGAAUGCGCUCUAAGAGAGAAAUAAAUGGAGGAACCCAUAAAAAUGACGAUGAUUUGUCCAAAUCGACCAAACAAGCUGAGGAAACCAUUAAGUCAAACCAACUACAAGAAAAGUUGGCUGAAGGAAAAAGAAGAGCAGAAGAAGCAAAAUUGGCAGAGGAAGCACGAUUAGCUGAAGAAGCUAGAGUAGCUGAAAAAGCUAGACUAGCUGAAGAAGCUAAACUAGCUGAAGAAGCUAAACUAGCUGAAGAAGCUAGACUAGCUGAAGAAGCUAGACUAGCUGAAGAAGCUAGACUAGCUGAAGAAGCUAGACUAGCUGAAGAAGCUAGACUAGCUGAAGAAGCUAGACUAGCUGAAGAAGCUAGACUAGCUGAAGAAGCUAGACUAGCUGAAGAAGCUAGACUAGCUGAAGAAGCUAGACUAGCUGAAGAAGCUAGACUAGCUGAAGAAGCUAGACUAGCUGAAGAAGCUAGACUAGCUGAAGAAGCUAGACUAGCUGAAGAAGCUAGACUAGCUGAAGAAGCUAGACUAGCUGAAGAAGCUAGACUAGCUGAAGAAGCUAGACUAGCUGAAGAAGCUAGACUAGCUGACGAAGCUAGACUAGCAGAAGAAGCUAAACUAGCAGAAGAAGCUAGAUUAGCUGAAGAAGCUAGAUUAGCUGAAGAAGCUAAACUAGCAGAAGAAGCUAGACUAGCUGAAGAAGCUAGACUGGAGCAAGAAACACAAUUGGAAGAAGAGUCCAAAUUGGCAGAAGCUGGCGUAGUUGAUGAAGAAGCUAAUAAAUAUAACGAAAACACAGAAAUGAAAGAAGGAGAGCAACAGUCACAAAACAUGGAAUCAAAUAAUGAUGAUACUAUGCAAAACAUUAAUGAAGCACCAACCAUAAUGUUAAAUAUUAGCAACGGCAAUGAAGGUUGUGAUGAAACUGCCAUUGAAGACGAGUCCGAAGAAGAAGAAUAA